GGGAAUUACUCACUUGAUGAGGGAAAUUCUUAUAAAUUAAAAAAAAACUUUUCAUCUCUCUUUGUACUACUUCCUAGCCAUUAUUGAUAAAACCAUUAAUCAGCUAGAUUGAAAAGAUGUGCGGAUCUUGUGAAGACGCUAAGGCCAAUGCCGGUCUCCCAGCAAACAAAGAGGAAGUUUUCCAGCAAGUGAUAGAGGCCAAGAAGAAGGGCGGUCCAAUCAACCCAUACGGCCCAAACCCGGCUGACUACUUGUCUAACGUUUCGAAUUUCCAACUUAUCGAGUCCACCCUCAGAGAAGGUGAGCAAUUCGCCAAUGCCUUCUUCACCACCGAGAAGAAGAUUGAGAUCGCCAAGGCUCUUGAUGACUUUGGUGUUGACUACAUUGAGUUGACCUCCCCAGUUGCCUCUGAGCAAUCGAGAGCCGAUUGUGAGGCCAUCUGUAAAUUGGGAUUGAAAGCAAAGAUCCUUACACACAUCAGAUGUCACAUGGAUGACGCCAGAGUUGCUGUGGAAACUGGUGUUGAUGGUGUCGACGUUGUCAUCGGUACCUCUCAGUUCUUGAGACAAUACUCCCACGGUAAGGACAUGAACUACAUCGCUAAGUCUGCCAUUGAAGUUAUUGAAUUCGUCAAGUCUAAAGGUAUCGAAAUCAGAUUCUCUUCUGAGGACUCUUUCAGAUCUGACAUUGUCGAUCUGCUCAACAUUUACAGAACCGUUGACAAGAUUGGUGUGAACAGAGUUGGUAUCGCUGAUACCGUCGGUUGUGCUAACCCAAGACAAGUUUACGAUUUGGUGCGUACUUUGAAAUCCGUCGUGCACUGUGACAUUGAAACACAUUUCCACAAUGAUACCGGUUGUGCCAUUGCUAACGCUUACACUGCUUUGGAGGCUGGUGCAAGAUUGAUCGAUGUCUCUGUUUUGGGUAUUGGUGAGAGAAACGGUAUCACUCCAUUGGGUGGUUUGAUGGCUAGAAUGAUUGCUGCUGAUCGUGACUACGUCUUGUCCAAAUACAAAUUGCACAAAUUGCGUGACUUGGAGAACUUGGUUGCCGAUGCCGUUCAAGUGAAUAUUCCUUUCAACAACCCAAUCACUGGUUUCUGUGCCUUCACCCACAAGGCUGGUAUCCACGCAAAGGCUAUCUUGGCCAACCCAUCCACAUACGAGAUCUUGAACCCAUCAGAUUUCGGUUUGUCCAGAUACAUUCACUUUGCCAACAGAUUGACUGGUUGGAACGCUAUCAAAUCGAGAGUUGACCAACUCAACUUGCACUUGACUGACGACCAAUGUAAAGAUGUCACUGCUAAGAUCAAAAGACUUGGUGACGUUCGUCAACUGAGUAUUGACGAUGUCGAUUCCAUCAUUAGAGACUUCCACGCUGAGGUUUCCACCCCACUUGUGAGACCAUCUGAAGGCUCUGCUCUUGAAGAGGAUGUUUCCAUCAACGAAGGUCCAGAAACUAAGAAGCAAAAAAUCGAGAACUAA